UGCUCCAAAAUUUCCAAAAUUUUGGCGGGGUCGGAGAUUCUUUCCUCCACUUGCCGGGACACUAGUGCAUUAAGAGAAAGGCGCAGUUUACCCCUGGGAACUGGGGAGCAACCAGAAAAGGGGAUGGCCCAACCUGCCUUUUUGACCUGCCACUUUCCAUAUUGACCCCAGGUGCUCCGUGCGCCUGGAAAUUUGACCAGCGGUGGAACUUUCUCUCCCCUGAAACCACAAGAGCUCCCCAGACUUUCAACCCGGUGUCAAAACAUCAAACAAACCCUCGACCGCCUCUCUCAAUUGUAGUCUCACCGUCACCACCAACGGUUUUUGACAGAAAAUUACCCCCCUUUCGACCUCUAUUCACACGUCCGACCUGACUUUGUGUACACAAUGGCACCUGCCACCGCCGAAAGCGCCUCGCCGAUUGGCAUUGCCAACCUCCCCAACCAGCGACACAAGAUCGUUGCAAAGAGGGGCGCGGCUUUUACUAUUAUGGUUGCUGGCGAAUCCGGCCUCGGCAAGACGACUUUCAUCAACACGCUCUUCUCCACCACCAUCAAGAACUAUGCCGACCACAAGCGCCGCCAUCAGAAGCAGGUCGACAAGACUGUUGAGAUUGAGAUCACCAAGGCCGAGCUCGAGGAGAAGUUUUUCAAGGUCCGAUUGACGGUCAUCGACACCCCAGGCUUUGGCGACUAUGUCAACAACCGCGACUCGUGGAUGCCUAUCAUCGAGUUCCUGGAUGACCAGCACGAAUCCUACAUGCUCCAGGAGCAGCAGCCGCGCCGCCAGGACAAGAUCGACCUGCGUGUACAUGCCUGCCUGUACUUCAUCCGCCCCACUGGCCACACCCUCAAGCCCCUCGACAUUGAGGUUAUGAAGAGGCUCUGCUCUAGGGUGAACCUGAUUCCGGUCAUCGCAAAGGCAGACACCCUCAGCCCCGCCGACCUCGCCAAGUUCAAGCAGAGGCCUGUGAAGAUCCGGGCCGUCAUCGAGGAGCAGAGCAUCAAGAUCUACCAGCCGCCGAUUGAGGAGGAUGAUGAGUCUGCUGCCGCGCACGCCCGAGGCCUGAUGGCUGCCAUGCCUUUCGCCGUCAUCGGCUCGGAGAAGGACGUCAAGACGAGCGAUGGCCGCAUCGUCAAGGGCCGUCAGUACUCGUGGGGCGUUGCCGAGGUCGAGAACGAAGACCACUGCGAUUUCAAGAAGGUGCGGUCCAUCCUGAUCCGCACCCACAUGCUCGACCUCAUCCACACCACCGAGGAGCUUCACUACGAGGCCUACCGGGCGCAGCAAAUGGAGACCCGCAAGUUUGGCGAGGCGCGCCCCAGAAAGCUGGACAACCCCAAGUUCAAGGAGGAGGAGGAGGCCCUGCGCAAGCGUUUUACCGAGCAGGUCAAGAUCGAGGAGCAGCGUUUCCGACAAUGGGAGCAGAAGCUCAUUGCCGAGCGCGACCGCCUCAACAAGGAUCUCGAGCAGACCCACGCUCAGAUCAAGCAGCUCGAGGGCGAGCUGGAGCAGAUGCAGGGGAGCGCCGUCCGCAGCCACGGCCGUCGUUAAAGGGGACUCGUGUGCGCUUAUUUCCCCUCUCGUUUUCUCGUUCCGCAUAUGAAAUAGCCGGAUCUUCUUGGAGUGCUGCUUCCCCCCCGCGGGGCUGCUCUGGAGUUGGACCAAGAAUACCCGUGAGGACGGCGAAUCUGUGGAUACGCCGAAUGUCGUGGUGGUGAUGGUGAUGGUGGCGGUGGUGGUGGUGGUGGUGGUGGUGAUGCGAUUUUCUAGCUUCCAUGGUUGAAC